CCGCCAAUACCGAUAUCUCCUUUAUUUAUUUUUUUGCUGCUAUUGCUUUUGGGCGCCGUGUCUGGGCGAGCAGAGAGAAGAAAUACCCAAGUACCAAGUCAUGGUCCAACUGCCGUCAUAGCUUGUGAACUCUCCACCGCCGGCCGACUCACCCCACGCUCUUCCGCUGCUGUCAAAAGAUUGGAACUACACACAAUACGCUACAUAUCACACGCCUUCGACAAGAGAGGAGUGGCACCUCGCCUCCAGUCGCCCACAUCACGCCGUGAACACUGAAUACUGAUAACCUCGGACCGCUUCUUGGUCGCCUGCGUCAAAAACCCAAUCCCUUCCUUCCCUUGACUGUUCCAUUGCGACUGGGCCUGCGGAAGGCCUCCAUGACUACAACCACUUCCUGCGUUUCCCAGUGCACGCGACAGCUACAUAUGAAAUGGCUUCAGGAUCCAUGCGCGAGACCAUCAAGGUCCUGAAUUCCACCUUCUCCGCACCCACCGCCCCAUAUCCCUUGCCCGACGAGAUCAUAGAGGCUAUCGAGACCUUCCUAGAAAAAUACAGUGAAAUCGAAGACCACGAUUCCCAGCGCUUCCAUGACGAUCUCCUCCCGAUAUACACAAAGCAUGUUGCUCCAAACCCGGAUAAACUGGGAUCCUUCCUCAGUGUGCUACGACUUGUGCGACCGGCUCUGACCGGGGAGACUCGACUGGAGGACUGGUGGCGAUUGGUAUUGCAGCCGACGAUAGACAAUGCAGCGCAUAAGAGGAGGGAGAUUGACGACGUGCGGCAGAUCAUCCAACAUAUUCUGAUCUAUGAUGCGGACGAGGAUAAAGAUGGGGCACAUUCGCGGCUGUCGGGACACUUUCUCAAAAGGCUCAUUGAUGCAUAUCUCUCGAGAACGAAACUACCAUCGUCACCGGAAGAAACAAUAUCUCUGGAAGACGACCUUAUUUCCCAUGAACUCGAGACAAUCCUGGUAGCAUAUGGCCGGAGCAAGCCGAAAGAACUUCUUCUUGUCGUGGACCGUCUCUUUGUGCAACGGCAGUAUCGUAUCCAGGCCUUGAACCUUCUCAGUGCCUUCGUCCGACUGCAGCCACCCCACCUCUACUUGGUUCUGGAAACACCCCUCAUCCAACAUCUUGAAAAAUGUCUGCUUAUCGAUACAUCCGAAACUGUCAUUGAGAUGGCGCUGAUGACAUUGAUCAUGUUUCUUCCCCACAUAGCGGGAUCGCUACCUACUGACCAUCAUCUCGCCAAAUUAUUCCUCGUCUACAGCAGACUUAUCUGCUGGGACAAGUACGACGUACCACUGAACGCAGAAAACAAGGAACAUGAUGGAGAGAUGACGGAAGACGAGUACUCGGAUGAAGAGGAAAUAGACCAAUCGUGGGAGAAAGCAACGCACGCCGAAGGUCACUCCGGCCGGUCAUUGACAAUCCUUCUACACUACUUUACCUUCCUCUAUGGCCUCUACCCUCUGAACUUCAUGAGCUUCACUCGAAAGGCAAGGAAGUAUCUCAAAUCACUAGACUUCCCGGGAGCAGAUGACUUUGAACUCGACCAAGAUCUUAUUCACAGCAGGACAGAACAAUAUCGACGAGUGCACCUGCUGCACCCGAACAUGUUCACUACUACCAUAGAGGACGAGCUAAAAGAGAACCGAUGGCUCAAGAGUGAUCCUGCCGACAUCGUCACCGAAUGCAUGGACCUCUGCAUCGCUGUCUCGACGACACUCGACGAUCCCGGUCCACCUCCCAGUACGAGGCUACCAGACCUUCCUGUACCUCCGCCGGUGCCAGGCACGGAUGUUCCGUCCACCGAAGAUACAGGAAACGAAGCAGCCGUUAGUUGGAGGAACACCCAAUCGACAAUGUUCGCCCCGUCUGCCACGGGUCCUCCUGAAGACGCUGACAUGCCGCCGAAGCCGAAAUCAGUCAAAUCUUCAAAGUCGGCAUCUCCGUUGCUUAAAGGUGCGGACAUCAUGGACUCACCGACACUUCCGCCAGUAAAGGAGAAGCAAGACUUCCUCGGUACCAGUCUGCUUCCUCCCCACCAUCUCGGGUCUUCUCCCCCUCGAAUUGGAGCGCUAGCUCACGUGCUCGGGUCUGGGUCCGUCUCACCCACGCAUUCCGAAUACCAGAACCAAAGUAUGGCGUCCCUGCAACGGGAGAUUAUGCUCCUGCGCAACGACCUAAACUUCGAGCGGUACCUCAAGCAGCAGCAUUUGGUCCACAUCGGGCAAUUGCAGAGAAAGCAUAUCAAAGAGGCGACAGCCGAGGCAGAGACACAGAACCUCAUCAACACCAACCGCACCCUAAAGGCCCGGCUCGCAAAGGCGAAUGAGCUGUAUGCGCAGCUUAAGAAGGAGACCCUCACGAGCCGGAGCCAAUCGAAGAAGUGGGAGGGCGAACUGAGCGCAAAAGUCAGAUCGUACCGGGACGAGCAAAAGGCGUGGCAGUCAGACGAGGGAAACCUUCGCCACGAGCUCACAAAGUCGCAACAAGACUGCGAACAUUUGAAGAAGAUGAUUGAGAAGGCCGAGGCAGAACGACUACAGGCCCAGCAGCGCGCGCGUGCUCUCGAGGCCGAACUAGAAGACUAUGGCAAUCUCAGGCAUCAGCUCGAGGUUGUGCAGGAGAAAGUCAUCUCCUACGAGGGUCAGACGAAGGACUUGGCCGCAUUGAUGCGCGAGCGGAACCAGCUGCGGAAUGAUCUCGAGGUCGCCAACUUACGUCUAAACAGUAGGGAGCUAGAGCGGGAACGUUCGUUCAAAGCGUACGAGAGACACAUCGGCGACUUGGAAAAACGUCUCCAGGCAGCCGAGAAAACAACCUCGAAAUCCGGCCAACUCCCGCCCUCCGUCCAGCAAAUGCUUGACUCCACCAUGGCAGCCAACAACGCGAAGCUCCAACAGAUGAAGAACACACACUACCGCCUCCUGGACCGCUACACCGACCUAGAAAUGAAAUAUCACGACCUAGAAGCCGAGCGACAAGCCGAGCUCGGCCGCGUCCACGCCGAACGACAACUCUCCCACCCCGAAUCACCAGAAUCCCAAGUCCAAGGCCUCGGCCUGAGCCGCAACUUCAGCCUCCGCCAAUCCAGCAUCUACACUUCCAAAUACCCACCCCUCUCCACGACCGAAGAAUCCCCCAUCGUCCCAGAGGACUACGACUACUACCCAGACUACCACUCCCCGACCUCGAUGCCCAGCCCCACGACGCCCGCGUCGCCGCCCCGCCCCGUACGCAUGGAGUCCCUACCUACCAGCACUAGCUCGAACCACCACUACCCCCGGAUUAUGGUCAGGGACACCGUGCCGACCGUGGGGCUCGGCCACGACUUCUCGGCCGCAUACGACGCGAGCCUCAACGCGCACCUGCAAGCCGCGCCGGCGUCCGCGCCCCCAGAGGCUAAUUCCAGCGGCAAGAGCACCUUCUCGCUCGACACGAACAGCAGCAAGGGUGACAGCAAGAAGGACAAGGUGGUUCCCAAGUCGGAGGUCAGGGUCUACGGUCGUGGCGGCGCGCAAAACAUCGGCAAGAAGGUCAAGGAGGACAAGGAGAAGGACAAGGCGAAGAAAUCGGGCUCGACAGCCAAGCCGUCGACGUUCCGCGGUCUUAGGUUGGGUGGAUGAACGACCGAUGAGAGAAAGGCAGUGGAGUUAAUUACCAUUUAACAUAAGAAAGAAAGAAAGACCUUCUCACACCCUGGGAUCUUUUGCACGAGAGAGGAAAAGGAAAAAGGAAGAGGGGAAACGGAAAAGAAAGGAAGUGACAUCCAUCAUUUAUCGUGCCUUGAAAAAAGAAGUGUACCACAGUUAUAUAUCCCCAUUUACUAUG